UAUCUCUCGCUGGAUUCUUAUAUACCAGAGACCAAGUAUGUAGCAGGAGUAGCUGGUUUUAACUACUUCACGGACUUGUACUCCCGUAAUGGAGUUUUCAUCGUGGUGACCUCUGACCCAUCAUCUUUACCUUCACAAGGGAGGAGUUUCAUUUUGAGUGGUGAAAGUACUUCAGAGAAGAAUCAUCCUGAACCGGAGGAUGAUAGAUGGAUGGUUGUUGAUCCGGAAUUAGGCUCAAAGAUCUUGGGUAGGAUGGCUAUACGGAAACCUGGGACAUCGAGAUUAUCUGACGAACGGAUAUUCUUUAACGAUACACCAGGUAGUAAAUCGGGAUCAUUCAUAGAUCAUUAUUUCCAUUUGGCCGAAUUGUUUCUAGGAGCUUGGAGAGUAUUAGCUUCCGCUGGUGAAGAUGAACUUCCUACUAGACUCAUGUUCCGUACUGCACCUGAUGACUGGCGUGAUCGGACAGGUCUCACACCAUGGUUUCAACAAGCUGUCUUACCUUCUACAAGUGUAGAAGAAAGGACGAUCUUUGAAGAUCGUUCUAGUAGUUCUUUGACUUUCAUAUAUGACAGAAUGGUUAUCGUUGAUCGUUGGGCAGCUCAUAGACAUGGUCAAGAAACUAAAUGGUGGAAUAAAGCUACCGCUGAUUUACCUCUAUUAUCAGUUGCCAAAAAUUGGAUGAGUCCAUUGAGAAAUGCCAUGAAGAAUUUGGUCAUUGCCGAUGGGUGUGAUAUGAGAAGGAAAUGGUCUGAUAGACCCGUGGUGACUUAUAUCAAUCGUCAAAUGACAGGUAGAAGAUUAACCGAAGAAGAUGCCGAAGGGUUGUUAAGAUCGAUGAAUCGAUUAUCUCAAGAGGGCGUGAUAGAAUUCACGGAUGCAAAGAUGGAGACCAUGUCUAGAACAGAACAAUUUUGUCUCGCCCUUCGAACCGAUAUAAUGAUAGGUGUUCAUGGUAAUGGUUUGACGCAUCAAUUAUGGAUGAAACCUGAUUCUGGUGUGUUGGAAUUCAUGAUGGGUCCUGGAUUCGCUAGGGACUACGCCCUCGUCGCCGAACUCAUGGGACAUGAAUAUUAUGCUAUUCACGACGACCACGUCUUUCCUCCUGAUCAAUGGCGACGUGAAGAUGGCUGGGCGGUCGAUCAAGGACCAGGGUUUCACGGUUCCAACAUCCGAGUCAACGGCGAGUUUAUCGCUGAGAUGGUGAGAGACAUGGCGGCUGCUCGAAGAGGGGUGACGGAGCCUUUGUGA